CCCCCACCCCCCCCCCCCCCCACCCCCCCCCCCCCCCACCCCCCCCCCCCCCCACCCCCCCCCCCCCCCACCCCCCCCCCCCCCCACCCCCCCCCCCCCCCACCCCCCCCCCCCCCCACCCCCCCCCCCCCCCACCCCCCCCCCCCCCCACCCCCCCCCCCCCCCACCCCCCCCCCCCCCCACCCCCCCCCCCCCCCACCCCCCCCCCCCCCCACCCCCCCCCCCCCCCACCCCCCCCCCCCCCCACCCCCCCCCCCCCCCACCCCCCCCCCCCCCCACCCCCCCCCCCCCCCACCCCCCCCCCCCCCCACCCCCCCCCCCCCCCACCCCCCCCCCCCCCCACCCCCCCCCCCCCCCACCCCCCCCCCCCCCCACCCCCCCCCCCCCCCACCCCCCCCCCCCCCCACCCCCCCCCCCCCCCACCCCCCCCCCCCCCCACCCCCCCCCCCCCCCACCCCCCCCCCCCCCCACCCCCCCCCCCCCCCACCCCCCCCCCCCCCCACCCCCCCCCCCCCCCACCCCCCCCCCCCCCCACCCCCCCCCCCCCCCACCCCCCCCCCCCCCCACCCCCCCCCCCCCCCACCCCCCCCCCCCCCCACCCCCCCCCCCCCCCACCCCCCCCCCCCCCCACCCCCCCCCCCCCCCACCCCCCCCCCCCCCCACCCCCCCCCCCCCCCACCCCCCCCCCCCCCCACCCCCCCCCCCCCCCACCCCCCCCCCCCCCCACCCCCCCCCCCCCCCACCCCCCCCCCCCCCCACCCCCCCCCCCCCCCACCCCCCCCCCCCCCCACCCCCCCCCCCCCCCACCCCCCCCCCCCCCCACCCCCCCCCCCCCCCACCCCCCCCCCCCCCCACCCCCCCCCCCCCCCACCCCCCCCCCCCCCCACCCCCCCCCCCCCCCACCCCCCCCCCCCCCCACCCCCCCCCCCCCCCACCCCCCCCCCCCCCCACCCCCCCCCCCCCCCACCCCCCCCCCCCCCCACCCCCCCCCCCCCCCACCCCCCCCCCCCCCCACCCCCCCCCCCCCCCACCCCCCCCCCCCCCCACCCCCCCCCCCCCCCACCCCCCCCCCCCCCCACCCCCCCCCCCCCCCACCCCCCCCCCCCCCCACCCCCCCCCCCCCCCACCCCCCCCCCCCCCCACCCCCCCCCCCCCCCACCC